CCUAGCUCACCAAGGCCUAGCCCCUCCAUUCCCGCCUUGGGCUUGGCAAUGUAUUGCCAAUGUACUGAGACAACAUCAGAGGGAACUUGGGCUAUCUCUGGACACUUCUUUACCUCCAUGAUCUGAAUUUCUUUCCUCUGUGGUGAAAAAGAAAUUGCGGUUUUCUUGAAGAUGUAACAUCUUCAUUGGUGGGAGACUGAUGAAGUAAGACGAUUUCUUUAUAUGAUUUUAACUCAGAAGCCACCAAUGUCAUGCAAGAUACAACUUUAUUCUGUUUGUUCGUCCUCCUUUUGGUGCUUCCUCUACCGGUUUCUCCUGAAUCACAAUUUGCAAGAGGUCAAUUUCGGGAUGUAAUUGGUUCUAAUGCUGUUACUGAAUCAAUGCCAAGACAACAACCUGUUAAUCCUAACAGAACACCAUUGGAAAGGAUGGACCAAGCAUCACACGAUAAACCUGCCACACCUCAUCAGGACUCGCACUGUAUGAACGGAGGCACAGGCUUCCUGAAUACAUUCUGUUUCUGCAUAGAUGGGUUUACAGGCCGCUACUGUGAGACUCUAAUCAACAAUAGCUGUGGAGAUGUCCCUCAUGGCCAAUACGUGUACAGGAAUUGUAGCAUAUGUUGCUGCGUGGAUGGAGUCAUGGAUUGUCGUUUACAUGAAUUAGAAGGAUGCAAGAAAAAACAAGAUGAAGCCAGCUUUGAGAGCAUCGAGAACAUCGAGAGUAAUGAAGUGUCUUUAGAGAUUGCAUCACAUAGUAGUGCCCCCCAAGGAUCUAAAUUGAGUCUUAUACUGAUAACUUAUACAACUAUUUGGCUUCAAAUUGGUUAUUUUAUAGAUCUAUCAGUUAGGUGACACUACUGGAGGUUCACUAUUUGCUAUAAAAAGUAUGUUCAUAAAAUGUGCUGAUUAUUUUUAAUUUAAGGCACUGGACACAAUUGGUAAUUACUCAAUAUAAUUAGCAUAAAAAAAACUUACUUUAUAAAAGGAGCAAUGGUGAGCUGUUGAUAGUAUGAAACUUUUUGAGAAAGAGGUAAUUUCCCACUCAAAUGUUUAAAGAUUUCUGGCCUGAAGCCCGUUGAGGCACACCAAUUUUUGAAACAAGAGUGAUUUUUUUGUUCAUUAUUUUCUUACAAACUUGAUGACCAAUUAAGUCCAAAAAUUUCAACAGAUUUGUUAUU